AUGGCAUUUCUUCAGCAGAAUUAUGGUUUACCCGUUCCGCCACCGACACUUUUAGAUUCUACUCUUGAAUCAUUCAAGAUACCAUCGACGGAUCGAACGAUUUUAUUAACCAAAUUAUAUCAAGAGUCUUUAACAGUGACAUCUCUCAAUCCGAUGAUAGUACCUAAGAUAUUUGACCUUCUCUAUCUUCUCCAACAGACUCUAUCUCGACAAAUGCAAUCAACACAGCAAGCUAUAGUCACCAUAUCCUUAAUCAUUCGAUACCUUUCUCUCUUUCUCAAAUCGCCAGCAAUCACCCAAGAACUUGCGCAACUCUUCCAGCGCUGUUCCGAGGACAUCACGCGAUAUGCAAUCAACACCAUGAAUAUCACAGUCUAUUCCCACGCUCUUCAAUCCCUCUCCGGACUGAUAAGGAACAACCCAAGAUACUACAACCUCUUUUAUUUCUGUUUUAGAGAACUCUGUGUCCGUCCAUACACGGCGCGGUUUACGCCAGUUCAAUUAGAGAACGUCUCGUUAUUAGUCGAGUUCCAAGUGUCGCGAAUAGCAACUGUAGCAAUGGGGCACAACGCGAUGAAUACGGUGUUGAUGUUAUACCCCGUCACUACACUCUUUAGUAUCCACAGCGAACCAACCCUCAAAUCGCGAGUGCCGGAAAAGAUCAGCGACAGAUAUCCGGGCAUCGAAAGAAUCUCGACGGGAGAUGUCAGCGAGAUACUCAUAGGGUUAGUCGAGAGGACCUACGACGCUAUUGAAAAGAAGGCGAUCCGAUAUCCGUAUCGCUAUGGGAUGAACCAAGAAUGUCUGAGUCAACUCUUUUCGUUGUGGAAAGCUGUUGAGAACAAAUUGGGGGAGUCCAUUCGGAGUGAACAGAAUCGCGACAACUUGGAGGAGAAGGAAUACAAGGCGGAGGUGACCAGUCUUGCGAUGGAAGAAGUCAAAAUCGAAGAAGAAGAGAUGGAAGAAGUGGUGAAUACUAAGAUGACUGAUUUGAAUAAGGAUGAUACUGUCCUUGGGGUGAUUGAUUAUUCAUUGGACGCAAUUACGCGAAUGUGUACGAACUAUGAAAAGAGUACACACCCAGAAGAACGCGAGAUAUGCGAGAAAAUAGUGAGCGACAUUUUAUUGAUGUUAAUGAAAGACGUUGACAUUGAAAAUGUACGGAUGGAAGGGUACACGUUAUGCGAAUAUUUGAUUCACGUUUCGACUAAAGAUGGGUGUAGAAACAUCAAAUUAAUAGCAUACUUCAUGUUCGAGUUGUAUGGGAGGAGAUUGAAUGAAUUGUACAUGUCGCUCUUUAAUAAAGUGAUGUUCCAAUUGACUCACCCACCACAAGAUGGCCUUAUUACCUUUUUCAAUCUAAUUCCUUAUAUCCCAAAAGAAAUAGAAUGUCUAGAAGAGAUGCUAUCGAUGUUACGUAUACCUAAAUCAAUGCAAGUGGAAGACACACAACUCGACCAAGGUCUCGGCAUUGAAAAUUCUUCUGACACAGCCAAAGAUGGAACAAUCGUCUUUGGCGAUCGCUCCGUUCAACUUCCUAAAGUCGAGAAAAUUGAGAACGACAUGACAGAGAAGAAGGAAGAACCAACUCAAAUGGAAAUGGUCAUUUCACACGACGAAGCAAACAUCGAAACGGUGCAAAGACUGAUCGGAUUUGUCAUUCAAAUAAUCAAACAAACACCACAAAGCCAUGUUAUUCUUCUUCCAUUACUUAUUAAGCAUUUAUACUGUUUACCAGAACAUAUGAUCAUUAAUGUCAUUGGCGUGUUAUGCACAGAGAUAUACCCAGAUAUCUCCGGUGGGUUAUUAGAAGGCGGGAAAUCAAUUCUUCACAUGUGUUGUGAGUCGAAAAACGUUGAAUACAUUCAGCCGUGUGUCAAACUGAUCUUUUCAAUGUGUUUGUACAAAACUAAUUUGUUAAUCGAGUUCAUCAAAUCGUUAAAGCAAAUUCGUGUGACUGAGGAGUUCAUGGAAAAUUUUGUGGGUGGGUUUCCUUUACUCUUCAGAGUGUUGUUCCACUUAAUCAAAGACAACUAUCUCGUCGAGUACGUCAACUUUAUGACAACGUCGGACGCCGACUUGAACGGGUACAUCCUCCCACUCCUCCAGGCGUUCUCGGACUUCUAUCUCCCUCUCUCUCCUGAACACGAAAUUUCUUUAAAGGUGAAAGCUGUUGUGGACGUUGUGUUGUCCAAAUUCAUUGCUUCUCCUGCAGUGUAUUUCCCAUUUGUUAUUGUCGUCUUACCAGUUGUUAUCGUGCCACAUAUGAAAAUGAUUUUCUGGUGGAUAUUGACAAACUUCGGGAGCAAUAAAGAGGUUCUUUCACUUGUAUUUGGUCGAGUUUUACUUAGUCAAGCUACGCGAUAUAAGUUUGAAGAUUUGAUUGUCGCGAUAAUGGAAAACAAAAGUGUUCAGCUUGUCGAUCAGGUAGAAUUGUGUUGUGGAGCUAUUAUGAAUUAUAAAUACAGCACAGUGUACACAAAUGCAAACUUCUCUCAAGCAGUCGAUGUGAUUACUGGAAAGAAUUUGGAAACAUCCGUGUGCUUGAGAUGCUUGUUGUUCGUGUUGAAUGUAGGAAAGGAUGUUUCUUACGAGGCGCUGAGUGAUAAAUUACUCAGAACGGUGAAAGGAAGCGAUAUCACUGACGAGGUGAUGCCGAUAUUUUCCGCUCUUGUUGAAAAAAUAUCGCCACAGGGUAUUAACUUGUUGAUGCUUUUGUCAGAGGAAAAGAUGAAGAAUGUCCUCAUAAGCAACCAAAAGCUUCUCAACAACAUCACAAACAUGCUGCCAUCCCAGAAGGCAAAGACUGAUAUUUCUAUCAUUAGGACAGCAAAUUUGCUCAAAAAAUAG